UUCAAUGUUGGGGUUAGGGUCUGUUGAAAGCAAAAUCCACAAUUAUGUUCCCUCUAUUAUAAUUACUCCAAGGAACAACCAUUUGUUCAGAACCUCAACACAUUUAUAAAAGCCAGAGCACCCACCUACAAGCUUUAUCCAAAAGCUAUCUCGUUCUCUGGUUUCAAGUGAUCUACACAAAACAAAAGAGAAACAUGAGUUCUAUUGGUUUUUCCUUCCUCUUCCUCCUUUCUCUAGCAAUUUUAUCUAUUGCUAGAGGGCAAGAAAGGGCCCCUCACGGGCUUGCUUAUGAGAGUCCCAUAGCUUUUCCACCAGCAGCAUAUGACUUUUUUCAUCCCAAUGCUCAAAAGCCUCAGAGUAGAGACUCGUGUGCAGCAUCCAAAUGUUCACCACUGCCUCUAGCAGCUCAAGUGGAUGGCACUCAAAUAUAUCAAAACAAAGCUUCAGCAAUGCAGAAAGGUGGGAAACAAAUCGGAGCUGGGGGUGUAGCUGCCAUUAUCACUGUUUUUGCUUUUGUUGUGCUUUUAGCUAUGGGAAUCUACUAUGUAAAGGUCACUCGCCAAGCCAACAUGAAUCGAGCAAGUAGUAGUGCUCAAUCUCAUGCUUGAUGUGCUUUUGUUUAAUCACAUCACAACCAAGCUUAGAACAAGGCAUAAAUACUCUUCCACUUUGCCUAAGUUUCCAAAAAAUCGUUUCUUUAACCAUAUGUGUGUAUCUUAUUUUCUUAUUUGUUAGCAAUAGUUCCAUUUCCAGUGUUCAUGAUUAACAAUGUAACUACGGUUGUUAUAGUGACUAAUAUCAAAUAUGGAUGUUUUCACA